GAGGAGAUUCCCCAAGCAUGUUUUUAUACAAGAAAUAGAUAAAUAUUCUAAGCGGAAUGAUACCAUAAACGAUGAUUAAGUAUUUGAGUCGGACAAGGUAGAGGCUGUUUGUGAGAAACUGGAGCUGCGCGAAACAUGACAGUUGGGGGAUCAACAUCAGGUGCGGGGUCUAGGAACCCCGUCAAAAUAUUUGCCAACAUCUUUAUAUCCUUUAUUGGUGCUGGUGUUUUAGGACUCCCGUUUGCAUUUAAAGAGGCAGGAAUAUUAGAAGGAGUGGUUGUCAUGACGUUGGUGGGAAUCAUCAGUGUGAAAGCCAUGCUUCUCAUAGUCGACUGUAAAUAUCAGCUGAUCAAGGAAAACAGAAUCCAACCCAAAACAUUUACUGAUGACACAGAGGCUAUAGAGGAUGGCCUUCAAAUCAAGGUCAAGGACAAAGAAGAGGUCAUGACCUUAUUAGCAGAGGAUGAGCCUGAGGCUGACAAGGGGCAUAAGAAUUCCCGCCUCUCAGUGGACUUUUCCUAUGGAGAUAUUGGUCACCAUGCUCUGGGACACAUUGGACGAGUUUUUGUUGAUUUAGCCAUCUUAAUUUCUCAAGCUGGGUUUUGCUGUGCUUACCUGAUAUUUAUAUCAGAAAACUUAUCCAGUUACAUCCCUAAACUAAAACUAAUUCACUGGUUGAUUUUACUCCUACCUCCAUUGUGUUUACUAACUUUACUACGGCAACUUAAAAGUCUGGCAUUCACAAGUUUACUGGCCCAGUGUUCAAAUCUUUUGGCCUUUGGAGUGGUGUUUUGGUUUGAUUUUGAACAUUUCCAUCACAUUGAAAUUCAUCCAAAGAACAUGUCCAUAAAGGGACUACCAUUUUUCUUAGCCAUAUCCAUAUACUGCUAUGAGGGUGCUGGUAUGAUUUUGUCUCUAGAAGGUUCACUGGCAGCAGACAUCAGAUACAAGUUCAGAAGAUAUUUUAUUGGUACCAUGGUUAUUGUCACAAGUUUAUAUAUAUCAUUUGGAUCAGCUGGAUACUUGUCAUUUGGACCAGAAACUAAUGCCAUAAUAACAUUGAAUUUGCCAAAAGGUGAAUCAGGGAUGGAUUUCGCCAUGAUUGUCAAGUCCUUCCUCUGCCUUGCCUUAUUUUUUACUUACCCAGUAAUGAUGUUUCCUGUGAUGAAGCUAUUAGAGAACUAUCUGAUUGUUGAUGCUCAUAAGAAAAUAUUAAAAGGGAACCUCCUGAGAGUAUUUACAGUUUUUAUGACAGGCUGUAUUGUGUUAAUCAUACCUAACUUUGCCAAUCUCAUGGCCUUAGUUGGUGCUACAUGUUGUACAAUGUUAGCCUUUACUCUGCCAGGACUCUUUCACAUGUGUAUAUUUAAAGGAAAUCUCAGUAUAUACCAAGUCAUUGUAGAUUGGACAUUGGUGUUCCUAGGAAUUGUGGGGGCAGUGAUAGGAACUAUUGAUGCCUUACAAAGACUACACAGUGCAGGUAGUGAACCACAUGAUAUAGUGGUAUCCAACCAGAACCUGACCAAAACUUUGACAUCUUUCAUCAACUCUACUGUUGACCAGUCUGUAUAGGAGUGACCUUCAGGUCAAGGUCACUAGUUUUAUACAUGCUAUGCAUACUUUAUUUUGUACAUAUUUGAAGUUUUUGGGGAUAUUCAAUGAUGCUUUGUGUUUUUUUUUGUAUCCAAGUUUCAUUUUGUAGCAUAUUGAUAAAAAUAUUAUAUUGUUUGAGCUGUCUAGUCUUACUACUCAGUUAUCUUAUGUCUGCUUUUGAUUUUCAAAAUGAAAUAACAUUUAAUUUGAUUAGGUCAGUUAUCUAAAUGUUUGUCUGUUUAUAGAUGCCAGUAUUAUAAGAAAUUUGUAUACUUCUGACUCUCCUCAGAAGAAGAUCAGUAGGUUUAUGAAUUAAUGCUUAAAAUAUUAUGUCUAUGAAAGACAAUUAGAAACCAGAGAGUGGGUUUCUUUAGGCAGUGUAGGGGGACUGAGAGAAGUUGCUGACUGAUCAAUAUUGUAUCUGUUGUCUUGAGGUUUAUUUUCCACUAAAUUUCAUCUUUAAAUUGAUGUUUGUAGAACAUUAAGAAAUUGUAGAAGACGAUUUUGUAAGUCUUUGCAUUAAAUAAGUGCCAUGAAUUUAAGAUAAUUAAAUGAUUGAUAUUCAGUGAAAGGGGCCAAAUAUAUAUUUGGGAAAAAGUGUUCACAUGAAAUUAUUUUUCUUUGAAUUUUGUUGAAGGUAAAAGGGAAUGGACUGGGGUUUUAUUAUAGUAUCAUCAUUAUGAAUAAUAUUUUUUAAUUGAUAUUUAGUUUUUUAAGAUCAAACAAAGAAAUCUCUGAACAUUGUUAGGU